CAAGCCUGUUGUGCAAAGUACAUCAAAAUGGAGACUUCUGACAGCACAAAAGUCUUGUGUAUUCGACUAUUUCUAUUUUCAAUCUAUGUGUUAGCCGGUGCUGCUACUUUCCAAGCUAUUGAGCGUCAGGCGCAAGUGAGAGAAAUAGAAAGGAUUCGAAGCACUAGAAAGGAAAUUUUGAUGAAAUAUAACAUAACACAGAAUGACGAACAGCGCUGGUCGAAAACUUUUCUGUCAACCUCGCUGGGAAACGAUGAUUUUCUUGAAUGGAAUUUCGGCAAUUCCUUCUUGUUUGCAAUGGUGGUUAUUACUACAAUAGGUUAUGGCAAUAUUGUUCCUAAGACAUCUCUUGGCCGUCUGUUUUGCGUGUUCUACGCUUUAUUUGGAAUUCCUGGGACUUGUUUGACUCUCAAAGCCGUUGGAGACAAGAUCGCGGAACUUUUCACAAGACUCAUUAUAACCUUCGAGAAACGCCUUUUAAAACGACCACGCCCUCAAAAAGUGGAGACGAAGGUAGCAAUAACAACAAUAGUUAUAACUCUGAUGUUCUUGUUACCAUUGUUGUCGCUAAUUGUGAAAGUCAGGCAUCCACAGUGGAGUUACAUCGAAAGUUUUUAUCUUACUUUCAUCACAUUAAGCACGAUCGGUUUUGGUGAUUACUUACCUCAUUUUGAGAAAGACUUUGAUUACAUCCUUGUGCUGGUGGCCUUUGUGGGUCUCGCGUUUGUCUCGAGUAUUUUCUGCUCAAUGAACACUGUGCUUGAGCAGUAUGGGGUGAGUGUACGUGUGUUGCGGUCACUGCGCGACAAAAACGCGGACAAGUCUACCGAUGGAAAAGCCGUCGCGGAUGAAGGUGAGUCUGUGUCAGAAAGCAAAAAUAAUUUGACGUGUGGCACUAAUGGAUUACAAGAUGCGACUUCUUCGACCAAGAAAACGGAAGAUUGGCAAAAUAGUCUUAAAGUUAUCGGCGAAAACCACGAGCUAGAUAUGGCACAACUGUCGAAUCGAAACAGCUUAAUCACAGAAGAGGAUGUCAAAGUGGAAUAUCGAAAGCGCGGAAGCUCAAUAAGUCUUGGAAUAUUCAGCUGUUAAUAACGUGUUGAAUGCAUAGAGCUGUGGUUUAAUUAACUACUAGCCGGAGUAUUCUAUGAACAAACAGUCAGCGAGGCGCAGCUUGAUUGACAAAGUACAUCAUAAUCUUCCGAUAGAAACGAGGGAGAGAAGUAUAAUAGCUUUGCUCGCCAAAAAAUCAAAAACCAUUUCCAAGAGCAAUCUUGUGGCAUGAGUUACUAGACAACAAUGGGUGAACAAAUCAGACUUGAGGAUUUCCAACUGAUGUUUGCUUACAGUGCGUCAGACUGCGAUUCAAGAGGCCUGGGUUCCAGCCUGUCUUGGUCCCUGUUUUGUUCUUUGACAAAGCACUUUACCCGUACAGUCAGUACCAUUCCCGCCCUAAGUGUUUGUCUGAACGGGACAUCUUUACUAAACGGAGCGACGCAAAUGACUUUUAAGUCAUGUGUUUUAUUGGUGUAAACAAUUGACCUCAUUACACCAUAUUAGCUCUUCAAAAAAUUCGGGACAAUUUUUUCAGAAGUUCUUAAAAAUUUUCCUCAGUUUCUUAGGAUUUCGUAAAAUUGCCUUUUGUCGAAUUACCGAUGCGUUAUUUUUUAUGGUCGGUUCUUUCAACAAUGGCCUAAAAUUUUCGGUUUUUGUAAAAAGUGCAUUUAAAGACUCAACUUCUUUAGCCUUUUUAAAUGUGGAUUCCUAUGAACAUUUAAAGCAUGCAAAAUGCCUUGUCGACUACGCUAUUGCACAGUAUAUGGAUAACAUUUAACGAUUAACCAGUACAAUACAAUAGUAUGAAAGGACAGCCCGAAAUUUCAUGUAACAACUUCAGCGAGAUUUGACUAUAAACUGGAUGGAACGCUAGCAGCCAAAUAAAACAUGUCUCUACUUUA